UUUUAUUUGACUUGUCUUUACUUAAGGUUUCUCUAAUUAUUUAGAAUCGCAGUGUUUGUAUCUGUGAAUUUAUAAUUUAUUCCAUGUUUAUAGUUCUUUUUUUAUAGUGUUUGUGCAUUAUUUGUGGAUGCAGGGCUGAUUGAGAAACUUCACAAACUCCUCUGGAACUUCAUUGGAGACCUCUGUCUGAACAUCAAAGUUCAUGAUGGUGAUGCUGAGAAGUCUUCUGCUGCUUUCCUUGUUUUCCAUGGGGAAUGCAGCAGCUAGGAGAUGCACACGUCAAUGGAGUAGGUUUGGAUCUCGAUGCUUUAGAUAUUUCUCUGUACCAGUGAACUGGGUCACAGCAGAGAGAAACUGUCAACUUCUUGGUGGGAAUCUUGUUUCUGUGCAAAAUGGUAUGGAAAAUGAUUUUCUGCUGAGUCUUAUACCCAACUCCGAACGUUUCUUUAUUGGUGGCUAUGAUGGUGAAGAUGAAGAAAACUGGUUUUGGUCUGAAGGAUCUUCAUUUGGUUAUACCAACUGGUGCUCAGGAGAGCCUAACAACAUGAAUACGGAGCACUGCUUGGAGAUCAACUGGACAUCGGAUCGUUGUUGGAAUAACUUGCCUUGUUCAACUGAACAAGGCUAUAUAUGUGCCAAAAACCUGGAUGGGUGCUCUUAAUUUAAGUGUUCAUCUUGUUCAAUCACAAGGCUAAAUAUGCCAAUUAAGAUACUCUUCUCAUCACCUGCUUAAAUCAAUAAAUCAAAGCAAAUCAUCUGUGUCAAAUG